UUUACUGCAGUUCGUAUCGAUUCAAAAAGACCAUGUUAGUUGUGACUGUACUAUUGUUAUCCAUUGUUGGAAACUUGAACGGACAGCUAAGCAUUUUUGGUGGAGGUUUUGGGGCCUAUGAUAGACUAAAGGGCUCUGGGAGAGGUGCAGGGGGAGGUUUUGGUGGAAUAUCUGGUGGAGGUUCUAGUGGAAGUUUAGCUGGAAGACUUGGUGGAGGUUCAUCUGGUGGAGACAUCGGAUUUGGUAGACGUAUAGCUAUGGUUGGUUCUGGAUUAGGAGUUGGUUCAUUUGCAGAUAGAAGAAGUUCUGGUAUAGGUAUGAGCGGAGGGAAUGGAGGGCUUAGUAUGAUGGGAAGAGCUGGUCGAUGGUGGUGCACCUGUCGGUCCAAGAUAUGCCGUAAAUGGGAACUUACUGUGGAUAAAAAUUGCAAACUACCUGUGAUCCCAUGGUAUUGGAGAACCUGCUGUCAAUGGUUCCCCUGGUGGGUAACCAAUCGUAAUUAUGUCGGAUUAAGUGGUGGAUCUAGUGUUGGUGGUGGAUCGUUCAGAAGUCCAAUUUUUAAUGGUGGAUCUGGUAGUAGUGGAUCAAACAGUGGUUUUAGUGGAUUUGGCGGUGGAUCCGUUGGUGGAACUGGUGGUAGAGCUAGCAGUGGAUCAGGAGGUGGAUCACGAAAUGGUGCUGGAUUAGGCAGUGGAUCCAGUGGAAGUGUAUUCAAAGUUGGAAUUGGCGGAGCUAAACCAUCUUAUUAACUGUGAAUGCAUGUGUUAAAGAUGUUGGCAGAGUGAAUAGAUGAAAAAAACCGACCCUUCGCAUUAUACCACUACACAAAUACUAGCAUACUACUCUAUUUCAAUCGUCAUUUAAAGGUUGUAAAAAGAAAUGUUGCAAUUCUACAAACAUAAAACUUAAAAUGCUGUCCCAUCGACAUGAAUUUUAGGUUGACAUUUGGAAAUCUAAGUUACAGUUUUUUGCACACAUCAUGCACAUGAGUAAAAGGAGAUAUGAAUUAUAUGUCGAUGAGACAGGUUAAACGCGCGUUUACUUGGAUAGACAUAAGACAUUUCCAUUUUG